AUGAUCUACCUAGCUGAAGGAGCUUUACUAAAUUGGACCCAGUUUCUGGAGUACCACUUCUACGAAGGUGUUGACAGUUUUAGUCCUAGUCCUAGUUUACAUUUCAGCUCUUCUAGUUUCAGUUUUGAGUCUGAGUCCCAGUCCAGUUCUUCUUCUAGUUCUUCUAAGUCCAUGUCUGAGUCCGGUGUAGACCUUGAAUUUGAUUUCACUGAAUUACUUUCUUCUGGUUACAUUGUGCCUAUUCUCUCUCACAUAAAUGAGGAUGAAUUGAUAAUGUUGUCUGGGCUUAAGAAUGCCAAGGCAAUCUAUCAAAGGGUGGCAACCACCAUUUUACAUGACGUAAUACACAAAGAGGUCGAGGUCUAUGUCGACGACAUGAUCGUUAAGUCAAAGGAACGUGAGGGUUGGGGCAUUGACGUCAUUGGUGAAGUGGUCCCUAAAUCCUCUAAUGGUCACGAGUACAUUCUAGUAGUCAUUGAUUACUUCACUAAAUGGGUGGAAGCACAAUCUUAUGACAAACUAACGGUAGCUAAGGUGGCUAAAUUCAUUAGCAACAACAUCAUAUGUCGAUAUGAAGUCCCUCAUGAGUUCAUAUCAGAUCAAGGAUCCCACUUCAAAGGAGAAAUGAAUAAGCUAUACGACAAGAUGAACAUUCAAAGGCAUGCAUCAUCACCCUACAGACGUCAAACCAAUGGUGCAGUGGAAUUUGCCAACAAGAACAUCAAGAGGAUAAUAUAG